CCGUACAAGAAGCCGCACGAGACGCCGCAGAAGCCGCUCAAGAAGCCGCUCAAGAAGCCGCUCAAGAAGCCGCACAAGAAGCCGCACGAGACGCCGCAGAAGCCGCUCAAGAAGCCGCUCAAGAAGCCGCACAAGAAGCCGCACGAGACGCCGCAGAAGCCGCACGAGAAGCCGCGCGAGAAGCCAGAGCCAACAGCGGCCCAGAGGGCCGCGAAGUCGUAGUAGGGCCUCGCGGCCCCCGUCGUCGUCCCCGGUGCACGGGGACGGCGGCCAUGAGGAGAUCUAGUUUUGAAUAA